AUGAGUAGACAUCCUGGUUCCAGUUCAGGUUCAGGUUAUGGAGAUUAUAGAAGAGAAAGUUAUGGACCUCCAGGUUCAAGUGGAUUCAGAGGAAGAGGUGGUUACAAUUCUAGAGGGAAUGAUCGUGGUGGGUAUGGUUUCAGAGGAGGUCGUGGUGGUGGAGGCUUUGGUGGGUCUUCUUAUAGUCCAUAUGAAAGUAGGAAUGCUAGAUUAGAUGAACAAACUCAUAGUGGUGAAUCAACUCCAGAUCAUAAAAGACAUUCUUCACAAGAUGAUAUGAGUUAUAGAUCAUCACCAGGUGAAUACAGAGGUGGGUACCGUGGUAGAGGUGGCUCUAGUUCUUUUAGAGGUUCUUAUAGAGGUGGUUAUAAUAGAGGUAAAGAUACUUAUAGUCCAUAUCGUCGUGAAAGUAACAUAGCACCAUCAAAUAUCCCAGAUUCAAGAUCAAAUUCAACAGAUUUUUAUACUGUUACAAAUACUCCACCUAAAGUCCCAACUCCAUCAAAUAUCCAAGAUCCACAACAAUCAAUGGGAUAUCAAAGAAAAUCUCAAUCAAAUCCAAUUAAAUAUAAAUCUCCAUGGAUUGAAUUAUUAAGAUUAAAUGAAAAAAGAUCAGGUUUAGAACAAAUCGAUUCAGAUUUAAAAUUAAAAGAACUAAUUAAAGAACAAGAAGAAAUUUAUCAAGAACAAGAAAUUUUACAAAAAAAAUAUUUAGAUCAAAAAUUAAAAAAUUUAAAAUUAGAAUUUGAAGUUGGUACAUUAAAAGAAAUUUCAAAUAAAGAUUCACUAAAUGUUGAAUUAACUCAGGAAAAAUUAGAUACAAUUUCAUUUAUUUGA